AUGUCACGUCGUAAACAGACGAAUCCAAGAGCUAUAAAACGUGAUGUAUCGAAAGAUGAAGAUGAAAAUGCUAUACCGAUUGCUAAAAAACUAGCGACAGAAUCAAUUCGAUCAGAUAGUAUUGAUUCAACAAUAACAACUGAAGAUGAACAAAAACCUUCAUCAAUUAAAUGUGAUAGUUGUCAAGAAACAUUUCUAACUAGUGAACUAUUUAAUCAACAUCGUCUUUAUCAAUGUACUUUUCUCACCGAAGAAACUAAUAGCGAUGAAAGUCGAACUUCAUCAUAUGAUGAAUAUGCUAAUCAAAUAGAUAAAAUACCUUAUGGAACAAACCAAAAUGACGAUUAUCCACAUCAAUGCUCGUAUUGUAAUAAAUCAUUUGCAAAUAUGGCUCUUUUACUUAAACAUGAACAAGUUCAUGUUGAAUUGAUGCCAUUUCGAUGUAAAGGAUUUAAACAUCGUCGUAGUUUAAAUCGUCAUUCAAAAUUACAUACAGGUGAACGUAAAUUUAAAUGUACAUUAUGUGAAAGUACAUUUGCACGUUCUGAUCAUCUUAAAGCACAUAUUCGUACUCAUAAUAAUCAUAAUCAUAAUCAUAAUAAUUUAAUAACAAUUGAUAAAACAAUGAAUAUUGAUUUUCAAUUAAAAUCUUCUUUAAAUAAUACAAAAAGUAAUUUUGAAGAACAUCGUUUAUCAUUUGAUAAUAAUAAAAUAACUAAAGAUGAAAAUAAAACUGAACAUUGUCCACAUUGUCCACGAAUUUGUCUUGGUGAAGAUAGUUUAAGAUUUCAUAUACAAAAUGAACAUAAUCAAAAUAUUGAAAAAGAAUCAACUAUAAAUCAAUCGAAAACUGAAUCUCUAUCACCAUCAUUAUCAGAUACAUAUUGUCAUUUAUGUAAUGCAAAAUUUAAUAAUCGUGAAAAUUAUUUUGCACAUAUACGUUGUACACAUCCACCAUUUCAAAAACAACUUGAUCAAAUAUCUUUAUUUCAAAUAUCAUCAUCAAAAAAACAACAACAAGAUGUAAAUGAUGAUUCAUUAUUAAAUGAAUAUGCACUGAUUGAAAAGAUUAUAUGGUGUGAAAAAUGUAAACGUUCAUUUGAUUCUAUGACGAUUUAUUUACAACAUUAUUCAAUACAACAUUGUUUACAAAUUAUAAAAUGUCUUCAAUGUCAAGAUAUAUUUGAAACAAUUGAAUUAUUUUUUAAUCAUAUUGAAAGAAUACAUCCAUCUAAAACUGUUGAAACAUUUAAAUGUAAAUUAUGUAAUGCAACAUACAAAAAUCGUACCGAUUUUCUGCAUCAUAUUGAAACGAUUCAUAAAUCAUGUUUAUAUCCAUGUUCAUUAUGUUCAUGUCAAUUAAAUUCAACUGAUGAAUUAAUUGAUCAUUUAAAAUUUAUUCAUAAAAUAAAUAAUAAUAUUGAUAUACAUAUAAAUCAUCAUCGUCCAUCAUUUAAUACAUUAUUUUCAUGUAGUUUUUGUUCGAAAAAAUUUAAUUCAAGAUUUGAUCUUAAUCAACAUGUUUUACAUGAACAUAAUGAUGAACAACAAGAUAUGAAAUCAGAUUGGCAACAAAAUGAAAAGAAAUCAUCUACACCAUCUUCAUCUGACGUCAUAUGUUCUCUAUGUGAUUUAACCUUUUCUUCUGAAUCACUUUUAUUAGAACAUAAUAAACAUACUCAUCGAUCAUCAUCAAUAUCAUCAAUAACGCCAUCAUUCAAAUGUACUUACUGUCAUGCAUUAUUUACAUCUCGUGCACAACUUGAUCGUCAUUCUCGUAUUCAUAUAGCAUCAUCAGGCAAUAAUUUAAAAUGUAAUAUAUGUGAUCGACUUUUUUCAACAAUUGAUAUUCUUUCUGAACAUAAAUUGUCACAUUGUAAAGCAACAACAUCAAAUAUUUGUUCAUAUUGUCAUCAAACAUUAAAUAAUCAAGAUGAUUAUAUACAUCAUUUAUAUGAACAUAAUCAACAAUAUAAUUUAAAAACUAAAACAAAAUUAUUUACAAAUAAUAAUGAUAAUAUUCCAUUAGCUAUUGCAUGUAUUGUAUGUAAACAAUCAUUAAUAAAUGAACGUGAAAUUAUUUUACAUGCAAAAUUUCAUUUAACAAAUAAUUCAAAUAAAAAAUCAUCAAAAAUAAUUUUGACAAAAGAAAGUUCAUUAACAAUGAUGACUAUUCAAUGUAAUCGAUGUCAUCGAUCUACAAGUACAAAUCGAGAUUUUUUAUUAGAACUUCCAUCGUUUGAUAUCAAUUGUUUUAAUUGUAUUGAAAAAGAUUUAAAAUCUACAGAUCCGCAUAUGAUACCAGAAAUUGAUAGUACAUCAACAUCACUUUGUUGUCCAAAAUGUCAAAAUGAUGUACAAUUUGAUACUAUUAAAACUUAUCAACAACAUUUUACAUCUGUUCAUUUACCAAAGCAUUCUAAUGAAGAAUAUCAUUGUCUUAAGUGUAAUCAAAUUGUUUCAUUACGUGAACAUAUAUUUCAACAUCAAAUUAAAAAAUUCUCAUUAACAAGUGGUUUUCUUAUUGAUAGUAUUGAUUCGUCUAUAAUAAAUUCACAUAGUUCAUCUUCAUCUCCAAGUGUACAUUAUUGUUAUUUAUGUCGAACAAAUUUUGAUACAGCUAUUAAAAUGCAUAUACAUCUUAUUGAACAUCAAUAUCCAAACCAUGAUUAUCAAUGUAGUCUUUGUGAACAAUCAACAUUUGAUGAUGCAUCACAACUUUAUCAUCAUAUGGUGCAACAUGGUUCAAAAGCACGAUUACAUCCAUGUCGACAAUGUGAUGUUUAUUUUAUGUUUUCAAUGCAUCUUAUUAAUCAUCAAUAUAGUCAUACAGAUAAUACAUUAUUAACAAAAUCGAAUGGUCCAUUGAUAAAUUCAAAAUUAUCGAUAAAAUCAAAUUUUAUAACAAAUGAAGAUCAUAAACAAUCGAAUGAUGAUGAUGAUGAUAUAUCAUGUAAAUCUAUUAUGACAAGAUCAUCUACAAAAGGAACAUGCCGCUCAGUAGUUGUCAGUUAA